UUGGUAAAAAGUCAUCCCAAAGAUUGGGUUCUUCAUACGAUAUGUUCGAACGAGAAGUUUUACCUUCAUCUUCAGCAAUAUAUUGAUGUUUCUCAAUCUUCAGAAGCGUCAAACCAAAAAUAUAGUAAAUCAGAUGAGAAAAAUAGUGAUAAAAAUUCAUCAAAAAAUACAGAAGUUAUAAGAGACGUAAGAGGAACGAGAAGUGCAGUAUAUGCAAGAGGUUUAAGAAAAAGUAAAUGUGUUGAAAAACGUUAUCAUGAAACAGAUGUUAUAGGAAAAGAAGAAGAAGAAGUUUUGAAUUCUUCUUAUCAAUCUACCUCUACCACCUCACAACCGUCUUCAACUCAACAAUCUACCACUCAAUGA